GAGCUGUCAGAGGAAGUCCAAGGCCUGUUUAAGCUAGCGCUGCCCUGUGGACGCCGGGACUGGGAGGCGACGGCGGUGGCUGGAGCCCCGGUCCGGAGCGCUAUAUGAGGCGGUUUAAGCGGAAGCAUCUUACAGCCAUUGACUGCCAACAUUUAGCUCAGAGUCACUUGGCUGUGACCCAGCCCUUCUGUCAAAGAUGGACAAACAGAGACCCGAACCAUGGUCUCUAUCCUAGACCCAGAACAAAAAGAGGGACUAGAGGUCAAGGAUUUCAAAGAUACAUCACUGAAUUCUUCCUAGCUAGCCAGCAGAGGUGCACCAAUGACAUGGCUAAAAGCAAUUCUGUGGACCAGGACAACUCUCAGGACUCGGAGGGUGAAGUGAUCUCUGCUGAGGAAAGCAAUUGUGCCCUGCCUCGGGAAGGUGAUGGAGAAGCAAGACUGGGCUCAUCACACUCUGCUCUGCCCUCAAGGAAGCGCUCUCGGUCCCUUGAGGACGAGAGGAAUCAAGCUAUGGAGACCAGUCAGUGGGGUGGGGUUUCUAAGAAAACCCUACGGCAUCGAUUUUCCCUGUCCCGCACAAAGGCCAGGGAAGCCAGGCAAGAAGUAGAGGGCUCUUUGUCAUGGUUGUCUGCAGAAUCUGAAGAAUCCAACCAAGAAGUAGAGGACAUUGGUCCUGAUCCCAUUCCUGACUCUUACUAUGGGCUUCUUGGGACCUUGCCCUGCCAGGAACCCCCGAACCACAUCUGUAGCUUGCCCAGUGAAGUCCUAAGGCACAUAUUUUCUUUCCUCCCUGUGGAAGAUCUCUAUUGGAAUCUGUGCUUGGUGUGCCACCUUUGGAGGGAGAUAAUUAGUGAUCCACUGUUCAUUCCUUGGAAAAAGCUGUAUCAUCGAUACCUGAUGAAUGAAGAGCAGGCUGUCAGCAAAGUAGAUGGCAUCCUGUUGAACUAUGGUAUUGAGAAAGAGUCAGACCUGUGUGUGCUGAACCUCAUCCGCUAUACAGCCACCACUAAAUGCUCCCCAAGUGUGGAUCCUGGAAGGGCACUGUGGAGUCUGAGGGAUCAUCUCCUCCUUCCUGAGGCAGAGGCGUGCGUGCGUCAACAUCUCCCUGACCUUUACGUUGCUCCUGCGGGUGUUAACGUGUGGGCUCUGGUGGCAGCCAUUGUUCUCCUCUCCAGCAGUGUGAAUGACAUUCAGCAGCUACUCUUCUGCCUCCGAAGACCCAGCUCUACUGUGACAAUGCCAGACAUCACUGAGACCUUAUACUGCAUCGCUGUGCUUCUCUAUGCCAUGAGGGAGAAGGGAAUUAACAUCAGCAAUCGGAUUCACUACAACAUUUUCUAUUGCCUGUAUAUUCAGGAGAAUUCCUGUACUCAGGCCACAGCAGUUAAAGAGGAAACAUCAGUUUGGCCAGGCAAGAAAACAACCAUCCAACUUACACAUGAACAACAGCUGAUUCUGAAUCAUAAGAUGGAACCUCUCCAGGUGGUAAAAAUUAUGGCAUUUGCAGGCACUGGGAAGACCUCUACCCUGGUCAAGUAUGCUGAGAAGUGGUCUGGGAGCAGGUUUCUUUAUGUGACAUUCAACAAGAGCAUCGCAAAGCAGGCGGAGCGAGUCUUCCCCAGCAAUGUCAUCUGCAAAACCUUUCAUUCCAUGGCCUAUGGACACAUUGGGAGGAAGUACCAAUCAAAUAAGAAAUUGAAUCUCUUCAAGUUAACACCCUUCAUGGUCAAUUCUGUCCUUGCUGAAGGGAAAGGUGGAUUCAUAAGGGCCAAGCUAGUGUGUAAGACUUUAGAAAACUUCUUUGCCUCAGCUGAUGAAGAGCUGACUAUUGAUCACGUGCCUAUUUGGUGUAAGGACAACCAAGGACAGAGAGUCAUGGUUGAACAGAGUGAAAAGUUGAACAGUGUUCUUGAAGCAAGCCGCCUUUGGGAUAACAUGCAGAAGCUGGGGGAAUGCAAAGAAGAGGCUUACCAAAUGACUCAUGAUGGCUACUUGAAACUUUGGCAGCUGAGCAAACCUUUGCUUGCCUCCUUUGAUGCCAUCUUUGUGGAUGAGGCCCAGGACUGUACCCCAGCAAUCAUGAAUAUAGUCCUGUCUCAGCCAUGUGGAAAGAUCUUUGUAGGGGACCCACACCAGCAGAUCUAUACCUUCCGUGGUGCAGUCAACGCCCUGUUUACAGUCCCUCACACUCAUGUCUUCUAUCUCACACAGAGUUUUAGAUUCGGUGUGGAAAUAGCUUAUGUGGGAGCUACUAUCUUGGAUGUCUGCAAGAGAGUACGGAAAAAGACUUUGGUUGGAGGAAACCAUCUGAGUGGCAUUAGAGGUGAUACAAAGGGGCAGGUGGCCCUUUUGUCCCGGACCAAUGCCAAUGUGUUUGAUGAGGCUGUACGGGUGACUGAUGGAGAAGCACCUGCAAAAAUACAUUUGAUUGGGGGGAUUAAAUCAUUUGGAUUGGACAGAAUCAUUGAUAUUUGGAUCCUUCUUCAGCCGGAGGAAGAACGGAAGAAACGAAACCUCCUUAUUAAAGACAGGUUUAUUAGAAGAUGGGUGCACAAAGAAGGCUUUAGUGGCUUCAAGAGGUAUGUGACCGCAGCUGAGGAUAAGGAGCUUGAAGCAAAGAUUGCUGUUGUUGAAAAGUAUAACAUCAGGAUUCCAGAGCUGGUGGAAAGGAUAGAAAAAUGCCACAUAGAAGACUUGGACUUUGCAGAGUACAUUUUGGGUACUGUGCACAAAGCCAAAGGCCUGGAGUUUGAUACCGUUCAUGUUUUGGAUGAUUUUGUGAAAGUGCCUUGCGCCAGGCACAACCUUGCCCAGCUGCCUCACUUUAGAGUUGAGUCAUUUUCUGAGGAUGAAUGGAAUUUACUGUAUGUUGCAGUAACUCGUGCCAAGAAACAGCUUAUCAUGACCAAAUCAUUGGAGAACAUUUUGACUUUGGCUGGGGAGUACUUCUUGCAAGCAGAACUGACAAGUAAUGUUUUAAAAACAGGAGUGGUCCGCUGCUGUGUGGGGCAGUGCAACAACACCAUCCCAGUGGACACCGUGCUCACCAUGAAGAAGCUCCCCAUCACUUAUAGCAACAGAAAGGAAAACAAGGGUGGCUACCUGUGCCACUCCUGUGCAGAACAGCGCAUCGGGCCUCUGGCCUUCUUGACUGCCUCCCCUGAGCAGGUGCACUCCAUGGACCGCACCAUCGAGAACAUAGUACUGCCCAGACAUGAAGCUCUGCUUUUCCUUGUCUUCUGAAAGCCAACAGGAGCAUUCUCCAUGGUACAGAUUGCCUUGUGUAGACUUCAGUUACCUGAAGAAAGCUAGUGGGGUAGCGUUCUCAUUCACCUGAGACUCUGAAUUCACUCACAGAGCGUUUUUGAGGAAGAUUAAGCCAACCAGAGUUGGACCUACUAUUUCUCCAUUCCUUGUAGGUUGCCAGUUUCCACUGUCCCUUCUCCAGGCACACAGCCUGGGCGUGAGAGGGAUGUUCUUUUGAUAAAAAACAAAACAAAACGCAACAUUUUAUGUAUUUAAACUUUUAUUACAAGGUUUCGAUUAA